AUGCAGACUACAAACAUUUGUGUAAGAAUCUCUCUCAGGAGCUCAGUGAAUUUAAGCUUGAUGCCAUGAUAGGUUGCCACCUGUGCAAUAAGUCCAUCCGUGAAAUUUCCUUGCUACUAAAUAUUCCAUGGUCAACUGUUAGUGGUAUUAUAACAAAGCAGAAGCAACUGGGAACAAGAGCAACUCAGCCACAAAGUGAGCGGGAUCAGGGCAUGCUGAAGUGCACAGUGCGCAGAAGUCGCCAACUGUCUGCAGAGUCAAUGGCUAAAGACCUCCAAACUUCAGAUUAGCACAAUAAUAGUGCAUAGAGAGCUUCAUGGAAUGGGUUUCCAUGGC